CACUGAGUCAGCUCGCUGUGGUUUCUUACAGCCAUGCUUUUCAGGUUCAUUUGCGCGGUGAUUACUAGAGCACUGUUUAUUUUAAUUUCACUCAUAGGUAUGUGGAGAGUCAUAUGGGUGAAAAAUGAUAAGUCCUAUUGGUUUCUUACUAUCCUGUUUCUACCCCUGGUCGUGGAGAUGAUUUUAACACUGUGGAGGAAAGAAGGGAAGACCUGUAAAUGGUUCUCUCCAGCGAUUUUCCUGUUCCUUGUCAGCAUUAUCCCAAGCAUUUGGAUCCUUGAGCUUCAUCAUCAACAGAAUAAACUCAGUGAAGCCAAGUGUAAUCGACUCGAUUCAACAGAGAACAUGAAAGAUUUCAUUCAUAACUGGAGGACUAUUAAUGCGACUAAUGCGACCGAUCUGUCUAAGGUUUUCCAGAACUAUGAGAAGCUCUUGUCAUCAGUGUGCCCCAAUGACUGGAUUUUGGCUCUACACCAAGCCUUGUUGGUGCUGCUGAUUGUGGGGAAGUGGCUGAUGCCCAGUGAAGGAGUCCUCACCCGAAACGAGCUCUCGCAACUGCUCCUCAUCUUUGUAGGAACGGCCGCAGAUAUCCUUGAGUUCACCAGCGAGACACUGUCCGACAUCAAGGAUAAGAAUCCAAUGUUGGUGUACAUUAUUCUCGCCGUCUGGACUUGGAGUAUGCUUCAGUUUCCUCAUAAUCUCACAGUGUUAAGCUCUGAAACGGAGGAGUACGAGACACAGACUGGCUCUCGCCUCUCUCGACACCGAACCGACUUCUGGGAAGUGAUCGAAGCCCUCUUGAUUCAGGACGGCCCGUUUUUGAUGGUUCGCCUGACUGUCAUGGUGCAUUUUGAAAUCAUUCACCAAAUGCUGGUCUUCUUUGCCAUCAAGAACUUUAUGGUGGUGGCACUGAAUGUGUAUCGACUCUGGGUUAUUUUUUGGGAUUCGAGAUCCUGAGAAAAGAUUACAGUCAAUCCUGUAAAACAGACUUUCUUUUACCCAAGACCUGUUUGUUUAUUUGUUUAUUGUUUAUUGUACAUACAAGAACAAAAUUGGCUUAACAAAAUACAGCAAAUACAAAGACAUGCAGGGGAGGCCUGAAACCUGUUUAGGAGAGUUUAAAAAGUGCAGGUUACAUUUUUAGGUCUCAUUAUCUCAUUAUCUCUAGCCGCUUUAUCCUGUUUUACAGGGUCGCAGGCAAGCUGGAGCCUAUCCCAGCUGACUACAGGCGAAAGGCGGUGUACACCCUGGACAAGUCGCCAGGUCAUCACAGGGCUGACACAUAGACACAGACAACCAUUCACACUCACAUUCACACCUACGGUCAAUUUAGA